CCUGACACGAGACUCUCAGCCAGUCACACUAAUACCAGUGCUCUGCACGCCAGCUCCCCAUGCUCUGCUGCAGCUGCCAGGACUGGAGAUUUGCCUAAAGCUGGUCCCCACAUGCACAGUCACAGUUUGGGAUAGAAACCCCCAGAUAUGGGCAUUCCUGAAGAGGAUGGGUAACAAGCGACAGGACAUCCAGAGAUCAACAGGACAUUGUGACACUCACCUGUGUAGGGAUAUGCCAUAAGAUGCAGAACACAUCCUGCACGGAGGACAGGAUUCAGCAUGCUCUGGAGCGAUGCCUUCAUGGAUUGAGCAGUAACACAGACAUCUCAUCCAAUUGGACAGCUGGGCUAUGCCUCAAUUACUGGAGCCUAGAGGAACUAGUGAACCGUGAUGCAACUAAUUAUAUUAUUCUGGCAGAGAAGACAUUGGAAAGAACAAGGGAGGCGCAGGAAAAUGUUGAAUAUGAACUUCUCACGCCACUGGCGUUGAUGUUUUACUUUGCUGUACUUCGGGCCCCUUAUAUCCCAGAAACAUCUGAUCUGCUCCCCAAAGCCUUUGAGGUGUUUCAUACGUUCCUCACAUGGCCGGCCCCCUAUUGUCACACCUUCCGGGAGAUGCUCAGUUUUAUCAGUGAGGAGCAGAAGGCACCAGGAAUCACAUACCAACGACUGGUGAGAGCUGAACAGGGAAUUCCAACGAGGUCGUCCUGCAGCAGCACAGUCACUGUGCUGUUGCUUAACCCAGCAGAGCUUCCCAGUGAGUUCCUCUCAGUGGCGGAACAACUGAGUAAUGCAGAGCACCCUAUGCAGCAAACACUCGUCUCUCUGAUCCAGCACCUUUUCCAAGCCAGCCUCGGGGCACAAGCCCACAUUGAAGAGCUUGGUGCAUCUCUUACAUCGAGACCAAUGGAAAAGCUACAAGAGAUCUAUUCGGACCUGACAGAGGCGAUGGAGCGUGCAACAAUGGCUGACAUUAACUCAGGGAAAAUGAGGGAGUCUCUCAAGGCAAAACUACUGGAAGUGGCAGAGAAAGCCGGGCUCAUGGGGGGAUACACAGGGUCCAGUUCGACCUCCAGAAUUCAGCCUAUUUUCAUGCCUGUAGCAAAGUGUUACACAUACAGCUGGGAUCAGGAUGAUUUUGAUAUCCUGAACCAGAUCCUUCUCAGUGAAAGCCAUCUUGAGUCUCUACAAGACGAGGUGACUGAGGAAGAAGAAGAAGUGGAUUUAGAGGAGGUUGAUGAUAAAGAAGAUAUGGAUGGUGCAAAAUCUCCCAAACAGGAUUCUCUGUUCUCCAAAAGUUAUGUCUACUGGAACUUUCCCAGUGAAUCAAAAGAAGACCCAAGCAUGAGCAUGUCCAGCCUUGCAAGCCAUUCUAUGACAUUUGUUUCAAGCCUUUCCAGCUGUGUUGACAGUGGUUAUGUGGAAGACAGUGACGAGGGCUCCCAGGAAAUAUCAGAGAUGGGGGAGUAUCCAGAGGAGAGAGCCAACAGCAAGCUGAAACAGAAGAUCUGUCGGCUCUUUAAGACCAAAGGUCACCAAGCCAAGGUCAAACUUAAAGCUGAGCUUAGCCCUUGUAUCUCUAAUACCUUGCUAAGCCCAUUUCCUGACCUAUCAAAGACAAUCACCUUGCGCAGAGCAGGAAGCAUGUAUACUCCACAAGUGAGCAGGGUUCCUGUGCGGUCAAAGAGGUCCAAGUCCCUGCCGCAGCACGCUCUGGGGACCCAGUUCCUGGAAGUACAGCUAAGCCAGAAGGUGGCCUUUAAGAGAAGACCCUUUCUAAGUUGUGAUGAUGACACCAAAGUUUCGACACUGAGGGUUGUGGUAUUUGGCUCAGACCGGAUUUCUGGAAAAGUUGCCAGAGCGUAUAGCAACUUAAGACUGAAGGAGAGCAGUUGCCCACUACUCACAAGGUUCUUCAAGUUGCAAUUCUACUACGUUCCAGUAAAAAGAAGCUCCACAAAUGCACCACUGACAAACGCUGAAUCCCCUCUCAAGUCUCCAAGCCCAUCUGGCCGGUUCCCACUAGAGGAUGCAUUUGGAGAUGAAGAAAGCACUAAUGAUAUCUCUCACUACAUUGGCAUCCUGGACCCCUGGUAUAAACGCAAUAUAAUGGGCCUAAUGGAUCUAUCCACCUCCAUGCUGUGUCAGAAGUCAUCGAAGCAAGAGAAUGAGGCUGCCGAGACAACCACAAUGCCCAUUCUGGCUGACAUGGUGCUGUACUACUGCCGCUUUGCCACAAGAUCACUUCUCUUGCAGUUAUACCAGGCAGAGAUUACCUUUGAUGGCGGAGGUAAGCAAACAGAAGUCUUUAUUCAGUGCCUGGAGUUGGGUCAUUCUGCAGCUUUGAGAGCAAUAAGAGCAUCAGGGCCAGGUUGCAAGAGGCUCGGUAUAGAUGGAGACCGAGACGUAAUUCCAUUUACACUACAAAUUGUCUACAGCCAGUCAACAGUCAGUGGGCGCAGCCGAUGGAGUAACGGUGAGAAGGUCUGCACAUCAGUCAGCCUCAGGAAAGCCUGCAAUACCUAUGAGGAGCUGGACAGCAACAUGGAGUGCUUGAAUCUCACUGUGAGAGAGGUUGUGAAGCGACAAAAUUCAAAGACAAAAAAGAGCUUCAACCAGAUCUGCACUUCCCAUAUCAAGAUAGACAAAGCCCAGAUCAUCGCACAACAUGGUGGCACCUUCCCUUUAUGUCUUGACCAAGAUGAGCGCAAAAUACUUCAGAGGGUUAUAAAAUGUGAAGUGUCUCCAUGUUACAAACCAGAAGACAGAGACUUCUGCAGAAGGAACCGGCUGCCAUCUUGGAGCCAAGCAUCGCAAAACCAAUCAGAAUUCUGCUCACUGCUGUGUUUGCCAAUUGCAACGUUUAGUGGGGCUCAACCCUAGUGGAACCAGGAGAAGUCAAAAUACUUUCUAUUAUAGGUGCCCUCUAGCCAGGCUUGUGGACACUUGGGCGCUUGGUCUACAAACGGUUCUAACUCCCUUCCUGAAAAUAUCUGAGGCUCAAUCAAUUCUGGUACGAUAUUUAAUUAAUGAGUGUGGUGCUCAUCUAAUUUUAAACACCAAGGAUCUACUGCACUGAAGAGACCAUUAAUUUGGCAAUGACAAGAUAUCUAUUCGGAUGAAAAUCACCAACAGUUUUUCCCUUGACAUAUUCUUCUCUGAUCCCCUUUGCAUAUUCUUCAUCUAGCAGCUGUCGUGCUUCAUAUCUGACCCUGACAUACCUGACUUUAUUAGUGGUGGAAUAUUUUCUAUUGCCUAACUAGUCAUAAGGGCUCUUAGAAGCAUUUUAAAUUAUGGCAGAUAUGUAUGGAUUCCAGUAUUUUUAACGUCUUAAAGUCAGCAACUUCGGGUACAAGGGUGCAAAAUUUUUAGCUCCCACUCUUCCACUUACACCUUAAAGGAGAAGGAACCCCCUGGGCGAAAAACCCCUCCCCCCUCCCCUGUGUUUCCCCCUCUCCCUC